ACCAUGCUUAACAUUCACAUUACGGGGGAAAAAAAGGCCUUACAUUCAUUCCAGUUUUGGGUUCGCUGAUCUCCUUUCUGCAACUCAAAUCAAACUCUAUAAUGGCUGAUUAGGGCGCGACUUUUCAAUGUCCAUGUCAAACUGCGAAUUUUUGGGAGAGGUAUAGUCCAAUCAUAAGCAUACUAUAAUGCUGGGGUUUUAACAACUUGCUCCUACAAACGUAUGGGAAGCCUAUAGUCUGAAUGGAGUCACAUCAAGUUGAUUCAUCAUCUUCACCAAUUGUUGCUGCUCCAGACAUUCAGCAUUCUGCUACUCAACAUGAUAUUCCUACUGGAGGGAAAUCAUCAAUAUUAUCUGCUUCUGGUAUAUCCUCAUGGGCCAGGAGCUUAAAAAAGCUACAACAGUCGGGGCAGGGAGAUCCACAGUCUGGAAAUGCAGUAAUGUCAACUUUUACACGUUUUACUGGUGGACUUGGAUCACGCUUGUCUAACAAAAGUUCCGCACAAGAUGAAAAUGCUGAUAACCCAACAAAUGCACAGUCUGGCAGUGUGGUAUCCUUAACAAAAGGCUUAGUGGACUCAUCUCUUAAUGCAGUGAAAGCUGUCCAGGUCAAGGCUCGCCAUGUUGUAUCUCAAAACAAAAGAAGGUACCAGGAAGAUGGGUUUGAUUUGGAUAUGACAUAUAUCACAGAUAAUAUAAUUGCAAUGGGUUUUCCCGGUGGUGAUAUGAGCUCUGGUUUUCUUGGAUAUGUAGAGGGAUUUUAUCGUAAUCAUAUGGAAGAAGUGAUUAAGUUUUUUGAAACACAUCACAAGGAUAAAUACAAAGUUUAUAACCUUUGUUCUGAGAGGCUGUACAAUGCAUCGCUAUUUCAGGGAAAGGUUGCUUUUUUCCCCUUUGAUGACCAUAAUUGUCCUCCUAUCCACGUUAUACUAUCAUUUUGCCAAAAUGCUUCCUCAUGGUUGAAGGAGGAUGAAGGUAAUGUGGUUGCUGUUCACUGCAAAGCUGGUCUGGGGAGGACUGGGUUGAUGAUUUGUAGCCUAUUAGUAUUUUUGAAGUUUUUUCUGAGUGCUGAAGAGGCUAUAAAUCACUUCAAUGAGAAAAGAUGCAUAGACAGAAAGGGUAUUGUCAUCCCAAGUCAAAUCAGGUAUGUUAAAUACUUCGAGAGAAUCUUAACAUACUUCAAUGGCGAAGUUCAACAAAGCCGCAGGUGCACGCUCAAGGGAUUCCGUCUUAUUAACUGUCCUUAUUGGAUCAGACCAUCGAUCACUAUUUCAGAUCAUACUGGAAUCCUCUUCUCAACAAAAAGGCAUCCAAAGACUAAGGACCUAAUGCCUGAAGAUUUCUGGUUCAGCUCAAAAAAGAAGGGCAUCAUGAUCUUUGCUUUACCAGGUCACCCUGGAUUGGCAGAGCUAGAUGGUGAUUUCAAAAUCCAUUUUAGUGAUCGUCAAGGAGAUUUCUUUUGUUGGUUGAAUACAACAAUGAUUGAAAACAGGACGACACUAAAUGGCUCUGAGCUUGAUGAUUUUGACAAGAGGAAAAUACCUGCUCCUGGGUUCCAACUAGAGAUUGUGAUGGUAGAUUCUGAUGGUUACCAUGCUAAAGGACCUGUAAGUGCCGAUAAGGAAUCUGAUGAAAAACCUGUAAUCAGCAAACCAUCUCCUAACUCAACUCAAGAUGCAGGAAGUCAUGAUAAGGAUGAUGUCUUCUCAGAUAAUGAAUCAGAAGGCACUGAAUCUUCAAAGAGCAAGCACGCUCAAACGGCGAGCAGCGCAAAAGUCUCUAGUAUUGAGAAAGAAUCUGAAAUUAAAACUUUGAAGGAAGAAACAAAAGCUAUCGGAGAUGGUAUUGGACGAGUUUCCUUGAGAAGUGAAGGGGUUACAAAGAAUGCUGAUGGUGAUAUCAAAAGUACCUUAUUGAUGGAAAGCUCUAUUGUGAGUGAAUUUAAGCCAGUUACUGCUGAUGCUUCUGUCUUUUCUUUUGGUGAUGAUGAUGACUAUGAAAGUGAGUAAAUUCAGCUGCAUUGUGCUCAUCACCAUUGGUAAAACCUUUCAAAGCAACAUGCGGCUCUGAAAAAAAUAUGCAUAUUACUGUUCUUCUGGCAAAUCGUGGUAACUUUGCUCUAUGUUGGUGCAAAUCAUUUAAUUUUUCUCACGUUUCAAUUUCUUUUUUCCUGAGUGAAAACAGUGAAGUGUUGAUGACUCUUUUCACGUGAUGUUUUUUGUAUCACUUCAUCCACAUUUCUUAGGGAGUCCUGCUACUUGAUUGUUUACAUAUUAUAAUUACAAGAUGAUGAUCAUCAAACGCAGACUGUGUGCCUUGUAACAUUGGUUUGAGAGUGCAUAUUUGUUUCUCUUGCAUUCUAUAUAUGCACGAUGUUUAUUUUGCAUUA